AUGCGGCUUUCAGUAGCAUAUAUACCAGCGGCUGAAAGCGGUCUCGUGGUCAGUUCUGCCGUUGUACUCACAGAGGCUAACCUUCGAACCGAUGUUGCCGAAUGGUUUCGGAUGGAACCGAGAACUCCAUUCCUUAUGCCGGAGACAACGGGUUUUGGCGGAACACCAAUGGCCGGAAGUUCAAAAUUUAGUCCAGAUCGCUUGGUUCCGGAAAAAGACUCUCGAAGGAUUAAAGUGACCUUUAACGCGGACAGAUCACGGGCCCUUCCAUGGUCCUUCACACCUCAGCAGCGCGAAGUACGAGUUCUGCCGGGAGAAACUGCACUCGCUUUUUACACCGCAAAGAAUGACUCGGAUCAAGAUAUCAUAGGAAUAGCCACAUAUAACGUGACACCUUUUAAGGUGGCGCCGUACUUUAAUAAGAUACAAUGCUUUUGUUUUGAAGAGCAAAAGUUGGAGGCUGGAGAGGAGGUUGACAUGCCCGUAUUCUUUUUCAUUGAUCCAGAGUUUAAUGAUGAUCCACUGAUGAAGGAUGUUGAUACAAUCACCUUAUCAUACACUUUCUUCAAGGGUCGCAACACCCAUUCGGUGUCGGCAGUUUUCAAUUCCACGGUUCCCAAUUUGAUUUCAUAG